CGUGUAGUACAGUAUAUAAUAUUGAAAAUAAUAUACUUAGAAAAUAUAUAAAUAUAUUGUUUACUGUUUAAAUAAAAACACACACCCGACGCAGAUGCGUAUUUGACAGCCCCCCCACGGAUCAUUAUCAGUCAGUAUACAUCAGUACGCGACACUCUCUGAAAGAGUCGCUUGUUUAUGUUGAAUUACGAAUAUAAAAAAAUGUUUAUUACCAAAUAUUUUAGUUAGAUACGAUUGAAAAUAAAACUGAGAAAGGAAAAUUUUGUUAUUGAACAAUGAAUACUACUAAAAAAAUUAACGUGAAUUUUUCAUCAUUAGUGGGUUUAAAAACAGAGCUUUUAAGAAAGCAACAUGAAGUGAAUAAGGCAAAAUUAAAAUCAGAAAUUAAUCAUGUUGACCUAAAACUAAAGAAAAAGCCUAAAAAGUUAAAAAAAGAGAGUACUAAUAAAAAUGAAGAAAAAUCUGUAUAUAUUGAAGAUGUUAAUACACAUAAAAAAUCAAAAUUGAUGCUAGAAGCAAAAGCAAGAUUAUAUGAACGAUUAAAAAAAUCUAGAACUAAUAAUGAUAAUUUUCUUGUUGAUUUCAAAAACAAAUCAGAUGAAUCUGAUGAAGAAGCAUUGCAGAAAGAUGAAGAACCUGAAAAUGACACAAUAUAUGAAAAUGAAGAUGAUUGGGUAGAAUAUGAAGAUUGCUUUGGUCGUACAAGAAAAUGUUUACGUGAAGAUCUACUUCUUAUGCAAGAAAAAGAUAAAUUAAUAAAACAACAAAUUAUAAGUGAAAAAGGCAUUGAUCCAAAAACUAAAAAUACUGUUGAACAAAGUAUUGUGGAAGAUGAAAAAGAACCAGAAAUAGAAAUUAUGAGAAGAAAAUGGGAAGAACAAACAAAGAAAUUGGCUGACAAACCAAACAUACAUUAUCAAGAUGUUUUAUUCGAUGAGGCUAGGACUCAUGGUGUUGGUUACUAUGCAUUUUCACAAAGUGAAGAAGAAAGAAUGAAACAACAAGAGAAUUUAUUCAAGAUAAGGAAGGAAACAGAACAGAAACAGAAGGAAAUAAAAGAAUUGAAAGAAUUGCGGGAAAAAAUUGAAUAUAACAGGUUAAAGGCAGCUAGAAUUAGACAACGUAUUAGAGCAGGGUUACCAAUAGAUACAAUAGAAGAAGAAUUUAAGCAGAAGAAUGAUGAUGAGUCCAGCCAAAAUAAAGUAGAAAAUAUAUCCAAUCAAGAUGCUGUAAAAGAGAAGCCAAAUGAGGUGAAAGAUAAUAAUACAGAAGAAGACACAAAAGAAGAACAAAGUGAAGAAGAUAGGGAAGAUAAAAUAAAAGCUCUAGGAGAACUGUUAGGUAAAAGAACUCAUUGGUAUGAAAUGUCACAAGAAGAAUGGGUUCAUAAAUGUAGAAAAAUAAGAGAUAAUGAAUUUGGGCCAGUGUAUGAUAAUUUUAAGAGUGGUGGUUAUUUAAAUUCUAAAAAUAUUAUUGAAUCAUCAACUAAUCAAGAGCCUAUAAACUCUGAUUCAAAUCAAAUACACACUCAGAAUAAUGAAAUUGAUAUAGAUUCUUAUGAUAUACCACUCCCUCCUCCAUUAGUAACAAAUGAUUCUGAUACUAAAUGUGAUCAAAAUAAUUUGAUUGGAGAAAAACAUAAUGAUAGUAAUUUGUCUAUAGUAACUGAUACCACACAAUAUAAAUCGAAUAGUACAGUCCAAAAGCAUAUAAAGCCUACUCCAAACAUAGAUGAAGAGAGUAUAGCAGCUGGUUUACGAUAUUUAAGAGAAAAAUUUGAAGAAAGUCAGAACAGCUGAAGUAUUAUAUAAAAUGACUACACAUUAUUAUGUA